UCAACUUUCUCGUUAGUCAUAACUCUUCACUAGUUUGAACCCUUUGUAAGUAGCCAUUUCUCAGACACUGACAAUCAGCUCCGGUAACAAUUAAUAAGCAUCCUAGCAUUGGGGAACCCAACCUUAAAGACUAGCUGUUAUGGGGAAGAACCAACACUUGAAUACUUUACCGAGCUUCCCAUAUUACUCUAUGUGAGACAUAAGCACCACAUAAUACUCAAGGCCCUGCAUUCUUUCAUCAACUUAAAUUCUAUUUUCAGGUAAGAAUAAGAUACUGUGGUCUAACNUGAGACUUUACUGUUGUUUUGUUUAACUUAUUUUAAUGAAAUAAUAGCUUAUUUUGGCAAUUUCUACAGUGAGCUUAAAAAAAUAGGUGAUUAUUUCCCCCAAAUUUAAGCUACGUUGCUAGUGGAAAUUCCUGUGUUUUUUCUUAAACCCUUUCCGUGGUUAAUGCCAAAGCUUCAAUUUAUCUUAAUUGUUCCUGUUCCAUAAUAGUCCUUGAGGAUUUUUUUAAAUAAAAACCUGAAAUAGUAGUCUGUACUUUUUUAGUUCACGUUUGAUGAUUGUUUAUCAGUUGGAGAGCCGAUGAAUCUAUUUGUUGGUAUAAAUUCUCAUUGGAUAAAUUUGAUAUGAAGAUACUCUCUUCAAAUGGGGCUUGAAUUUUGUGUAGUCAGUAAACUUUGUAAUAUAACUAUGUAUAAUAUUUCUUCAUUUUGUUAACUAUGUAUAAUAUGACUUGUGUAGUCAGACUUUUCUUAAUAUUUCUCAUUGGAUAAAUUUGAUAUGAAGAUACUCUCACUGCAACUUUCUCCUUAUGCUACAUUUUAAUUAUCUUCUCUAUCCUAUCAUUUUUGUCUAGUAAAACUAUAUUUUGAUCUUUUCCACAAUAAUUAGUUAAAGGAAUUGGGAUCAAAUGUUAAUAACAUUCCCCGUCAAGAAUUAUGGAAGCAUGGUCGUGUGAAUAAAAGCGGGGCAAUUGAAAAUGAAGAAACUCAGCAAGUUUGGGACAAAUGUGUUCAAUUGUCACAAANUAAUUCAGAAGAGAUGAGUAAUGCUCACUCCGACAUUUUGAGUCAAGCUUUAGGUCUCCCAGAGUAUUCAGGUCGUGUUAGGGGAAUGGGAUUUGGAGUCGGUCAUAGAGAUUAUUUCCCAUCCAAAAAGCGUCAUACACACCAUGACCAUGAUAAAUUAACUGCUCAAAUGAAAGACAUGUCCGAAAAAAUAGCACGAAUGGAAAAAGAGAUGAUUUCGCUUCGAAGUAUUGGCACACCAAAUACUAAUGAAGAAGCUAAUAUCAAUAGUGGCCAAGGGAGUUGCACAAUGUCACCAAUUAGUUUUCCAGAGGGGGUCUCAAGUUGUAAAUUGUUUACAUUAUCACCAUCAAUUUGCUUGGUUGCCCAUGGAAAAUUACACAAUUUUAAGAGUGAUACACUACAUGGUAGACCUCUACCUAAAGGUCAUAUCAAAGUUAGUAUAGAUAUUGCCUUAGAGCCAAAUNUACCCUUGCCUAUACCAAUUGAUGAUGAUGACAUGAUGACAAUAGGACAAGCAAUAGGUACAUUUGUGGCAUGGCCAAUGAAUUUCAUACAGAUUUGUGAUGAGGAUUCUACCCAACCAAAAAAGACNAAAAUGAAUAAUCCAAAUGUCGCACCUAAAAAGAAAUGUCAAGGGAAAAUGACCAUUCAACACACUCCUCAUAAAUUGUUUCAUCCCAAUCCUUCUGAAUGGUGCAAUUACCUCUCUUNAAACAUGAAACUAAACCCAAUAAAGUCACUUCGUCCAAUACAAAUGGACAAAAACAUAUUUGGAAUAGAUAAUCAUGAAGAAAUCGUUAGUUCAGAAAGUAUUGAAGAAGUUAUCAAUUAUGCAUGGCUAGGUGCAACUACAAUUUCUAUUUAUAUCAGGUACAACAUAUAGUACUUAUUAUCAUUAACUUAAUUAUUAGAUUGACA